UAAAGGUACACGAUUACACCUGCUUCUUGUUUAUAUCAGGAAAAAUUUAUUCUAGGCUUCUUGACAGCUCCCCCUUUUUUUUUUUUGCUGCAACUUUCUUGACACUGAAACCUGUACAUAGUGCAAUCAUUAAGAAAUUCUUCAAGGAAAAGUUCUCCAGGAUACAAACUUGGUUAUUUUUAAAGCUGAAUUUCAAGCCCAACCUAGAUUUUGAGCUCUGUUUACUCCCAGAAUUGAAAAAUUAGAAAAAUCAAUCCAGUAUUCUUAAAUAUUCCAUUUCACUUCUACCAAAAGUCACCGAUGAGUUGACAGCUUCAGACCGAUGUUGAUAAGAAUCAAAUAGAAGAUCUAUAGAUCUAUAAACACCAGACCUAUAGAAUAAAAUAUAAAUGUUAUAUAUAAUAAUUAACCAAAUCUGGGUUUUCAUAUUUCAUACUUUUGGAACAAGCUUCAUACAUUUGGCCAAAUAAUGGGGGAUUGCUCCUGUUUGUGGUAAGAAGUUAAUUACAAUAUAUUUCUAGUUACUAACUACUGUAACUUUUGUUGCAUGUUGAUACAAUUCCAGACUUAAUUUAAGACCAUUCUUAAUAUUUUUUAAAAUAAUAUUUUAAUCAUUUGGCCAAUAUCAGUAAAUUUAAUAUAACAGUAAUAUAGCCACAAGCGCCAAUCUAUGGGGUCCCAGCACCCUUUGCAAUUAGCGCUCUCAGUCACCAGUUUUUGCAAAGUUACAUAGAAGACUUAAGAAUCCAGUGCUUUUUUCUUGACGAUGGCUCAGUGAAGUAAUCCAGUCAUCAUUAGAAAUGACUGGAUCCAAGCACCAUUUGCACGUAGCACUCCCAGUCACCAGUUCUUGCAUAAGUUACAUAAAAGAAUUAAGAAUGCAUACUUUUGAAGUUUUGCGACGAUGGUUCUGUGGUAACCCUGUUGAUGGUGGCCAUGUUUUUCAAGUAUUUCAGUCAUCAUUAUAAAUUCACUUACAGAUUCACACAUACAGGCAGCAUACCAAAUCCCAGGUCAAUCCAACAUCUGGUUGGUUGGAUGUGACCACCAUCAAAAUUGUCCUCAGAAUAUUGAGAUUUAAAAUUUGUUUAUGAACCACAAUUAAUUGUAAACCCUUAACCACACUAUGUAUCAUUAACGCCUAGAGUUCAUCUUUCUACUGAACUAAGAUUCAGUAGAGAGACUGACCUAAAAAUGAAAGUCUUGAAAUUAUCACUGUUAUACUUUUUCUGAUUUGAUUAGGCAAUUUAGUGCACAUUGGCCUUUUCUAUAACCAAAACUCAGCUGGUAGUUAUAUCUACUAUUGUCAAAACCUCUAAACACUCAUUACAAACUCCUUAAACACUUUCUACAAAACAUAUCACACAGUGGUUCAUGCCUAAGCCAAACUUGUUUAAAAAACUAAAUGUUUCUGUGGAGAUGUGCUCGUCUUGUUCAGCGCAUCAGUGUUUGAAUCAGUGAUUUCAAGUAACUGAACAAAUCAGUGAAUCAUUUAAUUGAACUGACUCAAAUGACUCAAAAUACUGAAAAGACAAAAAUUGUUUAACUUUUCCUCAAAAUAUCUUCCUAUGGUCCACAAUCAGCAAAUUCAGUUAUAAAAACAUGAUAGCAUGAAGGUUUCUUAUUAACAUCUUUUCUUAUGUUGGGUAUAUGAUCUUAAAUUUUCCAGAUAGAGAACUUACCAGAAAAUCAGCACGUUCCAGUUCCUAUCAGAUGAUAUAUAGAGCCCUGUCCAAUUACUGUUCGCUUCCAGGAAAAUUCCUGCACCACUUUUUUUUUUAUUUUGAAAGAACAUUUUCCAUCACCAGCAGGUCAGAGAGUGCAAUAGGGCUGAAAUUUCCACUCUCAGCUCCCAGGAUGUCCAGCAGACACUGUGCUUAGAGCUGCAGAUUAAAUUAUCCUCUCCACAGUUAUCUAUCCAUUGCCACAAGCUUACUUUCUUGAACAGACCUCUAGCCUGCAUUCUCAUAAUGGUCACUAGCCCUCACUUUGCUUUUAGCCUAGCUUUUGCCAUUUUAAGAAAUGUUCUGUUACUUUACAAACAAAAUUUAUUAGAUGAACUCACCUGAGAAUUUAGUCAGAAGGAUGAAGUCAAUCAGAUAAUGGAGACCAACCUGUGGUUACGACAUAUAUGGAACGACUACAAACUGAAAUGGUCUCCAGCAGAAUUUGACGGAAUUGAGUACAUCAGGGUUCCAUCCAAUAAGAUAUGGAGGCCUGACAUUGUGCUGUACAACAAUGCUGUAGGUGAUUUCUUGGUGGAAGACAAGACCAAAGCUCUGCUGAAGUACGAUGGCACGAUCACCUGGGUCCCUCCAGCCAUCUUCAAGUCCUCCUGCCCAAUGGACAUCACCUACUUCCCCUUUGACUACCAGAACUGCUCGAUGAAGUUUGGUUCAUGGACGUACGACAAAGCCAAGAUUGACCUGGUGCUGAUUGGCUCCAGGGUCAACGUCAAGGACUUCUGGGAGAGUGGCGAGUGGGAGAUCAUUGAUGCACCAGGCUACAAGCACGACAUCAAGUACAACUGCUGUGAGGAGAUCUACACGGACAUUACGUACAGCUUCUAUAUCCGUCGCCUGCCUCUGUUCUACACCAUCAACCUCAUCAUCCCGUGCCUCCUUAUCUCUUUCCUGACCGUUCUCGUCUUUUAUCUUCCAUCGGAUUGUGGCGAGAAAGUGACGCUCUGCAUUUCCGUCCUCCUCUCCCUCACCGUCUUCCUCCUGGUCAUCACCGAGACUAUCCCCUCCACUUCUCUCGUCAUCCCCCUGAUCGGUGAGUACCUGCUCUUCACCAUGAUCUUUGUCACGCUCUCCAUCGUCAUUACUGUCUUUGUGCUCAACGUGCACUACCGCACUCCCACCACGCACGCCAUGCCCUCCUGGGUGCGAGCUGUAUUCCUGCGGGCCCUGCCCAGAAUUAUGCUGAUGAGACGUCCCAUGGACCAGUCAGAAUCCUCUGGAAAAACAAGUUUGCCUGAGGGAUCAUCUGGGGAAGGAGAAGGGAAGAAAAGGAAGAACAGUUGCAGCAACUGUUUGGAGUUUGGCGAGGGGAAAGCAAGGGAGGGGGACGUGAAGAAAGGGCCAUGUCCACGCCAUCCGAUGAAAGAGCCUCCCGAAGGGGAUUGUGGGAAACCGAGUCGGCAGCUGAGUGCCGUUAACACGGUGGUGGCGUUUUCAGUGGUGUCCCCCGAAAUUAAGCAGGCCAUCGAGAGCGUCAAGUACAUCGCCGAGAACAUGAGGAGCCGCAACAAGGCUAAAGAGGUGGAGGAUGAUUGGAAGUACGUUGCCAUGGUAAUUGACCGAAUCUUCCUGUGGGUGUUCGUGCUGGUGUGUGUGCUUGGAACAAUGGGACUCUUCUUCCAGCCUCUCAUCGGUUUCCUCGCAUGAUAACUGACUGGAUCACACGUUCCCGACCAGUCAGUCACGGCAAUCGCUAGACUAAUCACCCGAAUCACUGACACGAGUUUCCAAAUACAAUCACCGAGAAGAAAUGAAGAAAGAGUGAACAAGAAACAGUGUUUAUAUUCUCACAGUUUUACAGUUUUGACAGUUUUACUUACUUGUAUGUUAUAGUACGGCUAAGGUGUGUGGUGGUCUAGGCAACCAAAUCGGAUGUGACAAAAAAGCGUUUUUUUUUAAACAUUGACAUUUCUAUAAAUAUAUUUAACCAGACCAACAUGGAAAUGUUUCUAUUUACGUUACCUUCCCUUAUCUCAGCAUCUGCCUGCAAAGGUCAUGUUGUAUAAGGAGCCAGCUUAACAAACACAGAGGUAAAGACGUUCUUCACACCACAAAUGUCACGCUUUGAUCAAGUUGUUGGGAAGCUACACUGUAUUUCCAAAAGUAUUGGGCCAUAGACAGACAUUGGCAGUAGAAUGGGACAUACUGAAAAGCUCAUUCACUUUAAACGUGGCACUCUCAUAGGAUGCCACCUUUGCUACAAGCCAUGCUCUUUUGACUGAAUGGGCAAAAUUCCCACAGACUCACUGCAAAAUCUUGUAGAAAGCCUUCGCAGAAGAGUGGAGGCUGUUAUAGCUGCGAAGAGGGGGCCAACUCCAUAUUAAUAUCCAUGGUUUUGGAAUGGGAAGUCUAACAAGGAUAUAGGUGUGAUGGUCAAGGGUCCACAUACUUUAGCCAUAUAGUGUAUAUAAUGGGGCAAAACAAAAAUACGUUUAAUCAAUUAAAUAAACUCAAUUCAAAAUGUCAGUGAAUGAAAUCUUUAAAUGUGAAUUUUUCCAUUUUAAAUGUGAAUUUUUCCAAGAAGCAGAUUUUAAAAUGCUGUUCUCUUUGCAAAAGAGAAACAUACUCUAUUUUAUUUCAGGAAAGUCUUUAGUUUUAAGAAUUGUCAAAGUUUUAAGAAAAUGUCAAAGGAUUUUCCCCUUAUAGAUUCCAACAGCUUGACAGAUCAAACCAAAAUCAUUGGUACGCACCAGUCAAACCUUCAUCCUAUUCAAACGACCUGCUAAUCUCUACUCAGGAAAAUGAAGGUCGUUUUCACACUCAUGAUCCAAUUCCUGGUCCUUUAAUGUUGGUCUAUGGUUCGCUUCAACCAAACAGUGGUUUGGUCUGAAUCACAUGUGGAAGCCGUCCAUUCUCAGUGCUGCAUGUUGAGAAACAUGAUUGGUUCAACUUACUUCCUGUUUCGAGUUUCAUAAUGGUCUGAUAAUGAUCCCUGCACGAUGACAUGCCAUGCAUCCCAAAAGUGCUGUUCUUCACAGGCAUAUUGGUACCAAAGGAAAAUAAUUAAAAAAACAGCCAACAGUUGAACCUACUACCCACCAUUUUUGCAAACUUGCAUGUACAAAACCGACAUAUGGAUUUGUGCAAGUGCAAUCAUGAGCCCUGCCCCCAAACAAACCCAGAAUCGAUCCUGGUUACAGAAGGUGUGAAAACGCCCUAAGAAAAGUAGAUACUGAUUAGUGGAAAGUCUUGUCUAGCUGGUGGUUGUUGAUUAAUAAUCACAUUUCAUACAACAUGCAUAGGAAUUCUUAUGACUAGAUUGGUACGAAAUUUGUCAAACCUCUUACUAACAAAGUCGUAACUACAAGCUCCUCCUCUUAUAUUGUAGUUCUUAUAAAUUUGAAAUUGUGACACUGUAUUGGAUGAUAUUUGCCUAAAAUGUGGAGGAUGUGUAAAUAAAAAGUGCUCGAGAAUCCUGUAUUUGCCACAUCGGUUUGGUAGCAUCACUUUUAUCUGUCUUUUCAUUGUGUAUCAUGAUUUCUUCAUCUAAGGACUUGAGCAGGAUGUUUAACAUAAAAACUGUCCACUUUGCACAUAAAAAUGCAAAUCCCUUUAAAAACACUGCAUGAUUUCCUGGACACUUUUUUCCCAUCUCAGUCUCUGAGACAUCCAUAAUCCCUUUCUCAGCAUUUACAAAAGCACAAUUCUCUUGUUUGCAGCUGUUUGUAUGUUUGUAAAUCAGUUUUUCUUCACUGAUGUCCUUGAAUUAAAUGAAUACUGAAUGAA